UCGUGAAUUAGCCGUUGAGACUCACUGCACAGAACCGUCGGAAAAAAAUGAAAACUACACAACAAAACGGUUCAAUAACCUCAAUUUCACACGCCACAUACUGAAAUCUCACUAUCUCUCUGUACUAUGGCCGAUUUUCUGACGGACAGUGAUGAUGAGAAGAAGGUCGAUGAGCUUCUGUCUCAGGCAAUGGACCUUACUGUGCUUGAGCAAGUUGCUGCCAUUAAUUGUUCUGGUUUCAAUGAUUCCGAUCUUCCAUCUCAUCUUGAAACCCGUUUUCAAAAACUCAAAUCUUUCCCAGUAGAGAAAUCGAAGUCCGAUCUUUUGUCAACCAAAAGCUUCAAUUCUUCAAAAACCCCAGAAUUCAAGAACAGGGAUCUGAUUAAUGAAGCCAAAAAGGUUAACCCUAGUGAAGAAAUUAAAGGGUAUUUUUCAGAUGAAAGAUCAAAGGAGAAAAUGGGUUCAAAAUCAACUGAAAAUGGGUUAAAGAAAAAUCCAGUUGGUAAAAAUUGCGUAUCGCCUACAGAAUCAUUUGAGAAUGAGAGUUUUCCUUCUUUGAAGAAAAACGCACAAGGGAAAAUGGGAAAAAAGCAACCGAAAUCCCCAUCUUCGGCUUCGUGGGACGAUUUUUCGGGUGAGUCUCUGUCCCCACCUGCAAAAACUGGUUGCUUUUGGUGUUCUCCGAAAAAGGCUUCGAGGAAAAACAGCAAAGAAAACAGGAGUCUGGAUAGAGACCUUGAUUGGGGGAAGAAUGAUGAGUUUUUAUCUGAUAUGAGUAAUUUUUCGUCGAAAAGUCAAAAAAAGAAGAUGAUGAAGGCUAUGAAGGAAGAGGAAGAGAUAUGUAGGGAGGCAGAGAAGAUUAUCAAGUGGGCAAAGCAAGCUUCAGCAAGGAUGGAUGUUUCUGGCAUUGAAGAUGAGCUAAGUGAUAAUGAGAAUUUUAAAUGAUCACUUACAGUUUAUGUUCACUACAUUUUCCUAUACAAGAAAGAUAUAUUCCAUUUUUUUUUAAUUUGAUCCUAUUAUAUGGUUUUCUGUUCCGCUUGUGGAGUUUUAUUAGUAUAAAGAUACAAAUUGUAUACGUUUGGGUUGCUACAUAUUAUACGGAGGAAAAAAUUGAUAUCCUGCACCAUUUAUGGUACACUUUUAGUAAAUUGAUGGUUUAGAGAUCACAUGAAUGGUGAAUUUUUUUAUGCCUUAGAUUUCU